AUGCAUGACUGCCGAGGAGAUGGCGUACGCCGAUCAGGCGGUAGCUACAAACCGAAGGAAUGCUUCCUGCAGCAAAUAAGGCUAUCAGUUGGACACUUCAUGAGAAAAGUGGCGGAAAAGGUGGAUACAAAUAGCCAGUAUUUUCCUGACGUGACAAAAACCACGAGGGCCAAUCGAACAGCAUUGCAUUUUGCUGUGGAGCGUUGGAAUAAUAAUGCUGAUCAGGAUAUGCAGCGACUUUGUUGUAUUCAGCAGCUUAUUUCGCUAGGUGUGCCGCUGGACACGCGGGAUUGCAACGGAAUGACAGCACUCCAUCUUGCUGCCUUGGCAACACGUGGACAGGCCCCAAUCUCGGACAGCAAAGUGCUCGCUGCACUGCAAAUGAAGAAAUCAAACGUGGUUAUUACUAUUUCAAUAAUUCGUUGA